AUGGUCUCUGGAGCUCCAAUGAAAAACAACAACGAUAAAAAUCUUAACAAGAAUUUAUGUAAAAACAAAAAGGCAACAAAUGGUAAACAAGUUCGUCAAGGCUCUUGUUCACAAACAAUCCAAGGAGAAAUUCCAUCUGUCGAUCACAUGCCAUCAACAUUAAUAAUAGAGCCAAUGAAUGGUCAAACAAUAAAGGCACACCAAUCAUUUAGAAUUAGAACAAAAACUUCAAAUUUAAUAACAGGUUUCUUCACCGAUCCAAUUAAGCAAUAUUAUGUCAAACCUCAACAACUGAAAAACGGCAUGAUCAAAGGACAUUCUCACAUUACCAUACAAAAACUUGAUGGUAAUAAUUUACCUGAUGCAAGAGAUGUCGCAUUCUUUAAAGGAUUGGAUCAACCAGAUGAUAAUGGGAUUUUGUCAGUUAAAGCAAAAGGUUUAUCACCCGGUGAUUAUAGAAUUUGUACUAUAGUCUCAUCAUUCUCUCAUCAACCUGUGAUAAUGCCAAUUGCAAAACGUGGCUCACAAGACGAUUGUAAAAUAAAUAAAUCGAGUGAUCUUGUGGAAGAAGAGAUUAUUGCGUAA